ACACACACCCGAGCCCUGUUCAUCCGGCCCCCUGUGCAAGAUCAACCCCUGCCAAUGCAACUGAGCCAAGCGCCCAUGGAACUCUAGGCGGGAAGCAGCAGGUACAGGCAGGCGUGCCAUGGAUUGCACCAUCAAGGAGGCGCUGUCAGUCGUAAGCGAGGACCAGUCCAUAUUCGACCCAUCCUUUGGCACCCCGCACCUCCUGAAGACAGAGCUGCCCUCGGUGGACAACUACGGUGGCAAGGAGGGCAUCGGUCUGGAGGAGCCCCAGUGGCAAGCCCAGGCCAACAGCAGAAGCCAUGUGGUGAAGCAGGAGAACGAGCAGGUCAACUGCUCCAGCAGCAGGCAAUCGCCCGUGGACUGCAGUGUGACACGGAGGGGCAAAUCAGGGGGAGCAGUUGACCCGUCCCAGGUAUCCUAUCCAGGUGGAUACAACAACCAGCGCAGCAGCCCACCUGUCAACCCCCCCACCGAGGAGAAGAGGGUCAUUGUCCCAGCAGACCCCGGCGUGUGGACCCAUGAACACGUCCGCCAGUGGCUUGACUGGGCAGUAAAGGAGUACGACCUCAUCGAUGUUGAAACCGGCCUCUUCCAGCAUGUGGAUGGCAAGGAACUGUGCAAACUUGGCAAGGAAGGUUUCCUGCGGCUCACUACACCAUACAACGCCGACGUGUUGCUGUCUCACCUCAAUUACCUGCGCCAGAGCAGCCCCACUUUUACAUAUCCGCCUGCACCAGUCAUUACUCAGCAGCCCCCGCCCCCACCACCCUCGAGGGCCCAAGUCAAAUCCGAGGCUGCAUAUGAAGAAAUACGUCGCAACAGCUGGGGCAGUGGCUCCAUCAGCACAACUUCCAAAGGCUCCCCACCACAGAUCCAGGGCGUCGGCAGGACUCCUGAUUCAACACGCAUUGCUCCAGAUCCAUACCAGGUCCUGGGACCCACUAGCAGCCGCUUGGCAAACCCAGGCAGUGGUCAGAUCCAGCUGUGGCAGUUCCUCCUGGAGCUGCUGUCGGACAGCAGCAACGCCAACUGCAUCACCUGGGAGGGCACGAACGGCGAGUUCAAGAUGACGGACCCCGACGAAGUGGCUCGGCGGUGGGGUGAGCGCAAGAGCAAGCCCAACAUGAACUAUGACAAGCUGAGCCGGGCGCUGCGCUACUAUUAUGACAAGAGCAUCAUGACCAAAGUGCACGGCAAGCGCUACGCCUACAAGUUCGAUUUCCAGGGCAUCAACCAGAGCCAGCAAGGGCAGCCGGGCGAGCCUGCCCUCUACAAGUACCACCACACGGACCUGCCUUACCUCCCGCCCUACCACCAGCAGAAGGUGGGCUUCGGCCUGGGCCACGCCGCCCAGAUGCCCACCUCCCCCACAGGCUUCUUCGGGCCCACCUCCCCCUACUGGAAUUCCGGCGGGGGCAACAUCUACCCGAACCCCAACGUGCCCAGGCAGCCCGGAAGCCACUUGAGCUCUUUCUUUUAGUCCCCUUGAUGCCUCCGGGGCCCUUGGAGCUACUCGGACUCCUGCGGCAGCCAGCAGAGCUCAUUGUUCAGACAGUAGCUGAGCCCCAAGACUGUGAAUUAUCCUGGGUGGUGUGGAUGAGGGUCAUGCCACCAGGGGGCACCCCUCUCAUCUCCUUUGGCACUUAGCGCAACACCCAUCUGAUCUCCUCCUUCGCCACUAGGAGGUGCUGGACUUGGCUGGAACUUCUACAGCACAGAUAGGGAGCCCGCAGCUCUCCUGUUGGUGUUGGGACUACAACUCCCAUCGUCCUUGACCCAAGGCUGGAGAUGAUAGGAAUUGGAGUCCGGCAACAUGGGGAAAGGGCCAUAGCCGCCCCAUCCGUGGCUCCCGAGCGAACGACAGAGCCUAAUAAGGGCCUCAAAUUUGCAUGCACCAUAGCAGAAGGAACUUGAGGUUGCAAGAGACGUUGAGCUGUUGCUACUUGCUUGGCAUCUAGGGUGUGAAUAUGCCAUAGUCACCCUUGUAGAACUUAGCAGAGAAGACAAAACUAGAAUGAGUUGGCUUUGGCAGUCAUUGGCUCUGGCUCCUCCUACUGUUGGGCUCCCUGCUUUCUGUCCUAUCGGCCCCAAUGGGCCACGGAGGAGGUCAAGCCUCUGUGUUAGACUAGCAGCUGCUGGGGGAGAAGAGACACUGACAUACAGCCACAACAGUAGCAGCGCCGUUUUCUCUUGGAACAUCAAAUUCCACUCUCUGUUUCCAAACCCUGGGGUGACAAUAGAAGCAGCAUUUUCCAGCAUGGCGUUGAUGGUUGAAAAGGGCCUUUGCUCCUGACGCGCAUUUCCAGUGUAUUUGGGCAGUGCGGGGUGGGGGGGGGGGAAGGUAGCAAGUGCUUAUUGGCUAGCACUCAUGCCAUCACCACGGCUGCUUUUGCCCCCUUAAGCCAGCCCAUGUUUUUUGCAACUAUUUUUAAUGUUUUAAUGCUUAAGGUUCACAGUUUUAAUUUGC